UUUGGGGUUUUUGGGGGUCGGGGCGUGUGCAACACAUAUGAUGAUGUCCUUGGACUCACGUGUUCAAUGAAGAUUUAUUCCUCGGUGAUUUCGCGCAUCGAUCGGCCGAUGGUGCCGCUCCGUUGUCCCCGCACUUAGGUCAUUCUGUGUGAAUGUGAAGGUGCUGCGACUGAGCGCAUUGUUUCCAGCUCCCGUUGCAUGUGUGGGAUUUCCAGCCACGAUGUCUGCAACAUUUCGCUCUUUGUUUCUGGUUCUACUCGGCCUACUCUCAGUGGGUGCCCAGACGGAGAUGAAGAAGGUUGUUGGGGACAAUGCCACCUUACCAUGCCACCACCAGUUCCAAUCGACCGGCUCUCUUGACAUUGAGUGGCUACUGCAGAAACCGAAGUCCAAACAGAAAGUGAUCAUUAACUUCUUUGGGGGCCAGGUAUACACCAACGAGGCGACAGGCAGUGAGGCCAGUCGUCUGUCCUUUGCAGGGGAAUAUCUGGGAGGAGACGCUUCCCUGCUGAUCAGUGACCUGCUGCUGACCGACUCUGGUGAAUACCACUGUAAAGUCAAGACAGGGGGGAAGUACCUCUGGUGCCAUGUCAACCUCAUUGUGCUGGUCAAGCCUUCCAAGCCAACGUGCCAGAUGGACGGCAAACCCCUGGAGGGCAGUGACGUCAAGCUGAGCUGCAAGUCCAGCAAUGGUUCAGACCCUAUCAGCUACAAGUGGGAGCGAGUGCUGGGCAAAGGCAAGAGUCUGGGCAAACUGCCAAACCUGGCACUGAUAGAUCUGAAGAACCCAGAGAUUGUGACCCUCAGGAAUCUCACCAUGGACAGCACAGGUGUCUACAGGUGCACGGCCAGCAAUGACGUGGGAGAGGAGAACUGCACAAUAGAGGUCCCAAUGCAUGAGAGGGAUAUGCAGGUCGCAGGUGCAGUGGCGGGAAUCUCCCUCGGUCUCCUCAUCCUCGGUGUUGUCAUAUUAAUCAUCUGGCUCUACCUCCGGAAGAAAGAGAAGAAGAAGUACGAGGAGGACGAGACUCCCAACGAGAUCAGGGAGGAUGCAGAGGCUCCAAAGGCUAAGCUGGUCAAGCCCAACUCCUUGUCCUCUUCCCGCUCCGGCAGCUCACGCUCCGGCGCUUCUUCCACCCAGUCCAUGGUGCACAACAGCGUCCAGCGCGGCCAACGUCCCCGCCCACCUGCUGUAGCAACCCUGAAGGAAAAUGGACAGCCUCCAGGCUUCCCUCAGUCCCCUCCAGCCUACAAUGCAGUGAUGCCCCCCAAGACCCCCGAGCCCCCCAUCACUCCCAAAUUCAACUCUAGGAACAUGUCUGGGCCCACACCCCCAACCCUUAUGGUCCCCGCUCAGACCAAGGCCUUUCAGACUGUGUAGGACUGAAAGCCAAUCACUUCCUGCAGCCAUGUGAGACUACCAUCCCUGCCCAAGCCCCCAAAUCCCCCUCUCAAAGACUCUUCCAUGAACACAGAAAUGCAAUUAGAUAAAAGGAUGUUACUAAAAGAAUCAGUACGAGGAGUCCAAAAGAACUUUUAAAGAAUGCUUACUUAUUAGGGAAAAAUAUGACGUGCUUGCCCUCCGCCCCUCCACCACCUUCACCGAGUUACAAAAAAGAAGCAAAACAAGACCUGAGAUGCAACUGUUUGUGUCUCAAAAACAGGCAAAAAAAAAAAGGGCAGAACUUAUUUUCUGAGUUCCUUCUUUUGGCCUUGGGAGACACAGGGAAGCACCAUGUGCAGAGAGGUGGAAGAGAGGCCCCCUCACCGAGCUUUUAUUUAUUCAUCACAUCAAAGGAAUAAGCAUUCAACAGAGAAAAUGGGGGGAAAAGAGGAGGCUGGCCUAGAAAGUGGAUCCAAACUCUACACCAGGUGCUAGUGGAGUUUUACGGCUGUUGAGCUUUACUUGUAAACUAAUACAAGAUGGAUGCCAACAAGAAAAACACGAAAGCUAGUCUUUUUUGUGUGUGUGUGUGGGCCGUGGAGGUAUUGGAGUGAUUCUGUGAUUCAUGUCACUCUGCACCUCCAGCUUACUGCUUCCGCCACCUGCUCUGAAACCACAAACCUCUUUGCCUCCCCUGGGCUCGGCCGACGGUGCCCAUUUAUGUGGACAGUCUUCUCCGCGCUCUCACAGAGAGCACUGCCAGAAACCACAGUGGUCCCGAGACUGACUCCGUUUCAUCUGCUUUGCCGUUCAGCAGGGGAAACUUCAGGUACGAGGGUGUGGCGUUGGCGGUGCAGUCAGAUCGGUGGAGUUGUUAACCCUCCCCACAUCUUCUGUAAACAUCACUUUCUGGUACUGAAUAUAUUCCCUGAAUAGUUAAAUAGUAUAUAUUACGCCUAUAGCGUGUCAUUUAAAUAUAGGGGAUAAGCAUCUAUUAGACCAGCGGGACUUGUUUUGCUUUUGCUUUCAUCUCCCUGUGUUUCUUCUUUCUGAGCAGGUUGUAAAGGGUGAUUGACAGCCAUAUGUCCACUCAUCCAUAUUAAGAAGUGCCACCAAUCCUUAGGAUGGGUUAUUAUUAUUAUUAUUAUUAUUAUUAUUCUUUUUUGUUGUUGUUGUUUUUUUUUACUCAUGCGUUUACCUGCUACAUUUCUGAACCGAAACCAAAAUGGCUCGCCAUGAAUGUGUGAUGUGCAGCGAUGGUGGAUGCCGUUACUUUCAGCCUCCUGUGAGGUAAUGAAUCAAUAUUUCAGCUAAGGCACAAAGAAUUGACCUUGACGUUCAAUUUCACGAAUACUGAAAGCAUGCAUCGAGGAGUAUGAUUCUCUUUAAUUGUAUCGGGUGUGUAUGGCGUCGUUGUCAGUGCUCUCCCUGGAUCCAUAACAAUGGAGCUGUCUCGCCGGAUCACCGGGCGCGGCGCGGUGAUUGGUUGAGCUGUGCUAUCAGCCAAUGCCCCUUUUUUGUCAUAUCCUGAGACAGACCCGGAGCAGUAUGAUUGAAAGCAGCUGAAAAAGGGCAAGUAGCCUAUCUAGUGUGCCUUUGCAACCCCCCCAUCCCUUAGAUGGUUUCUUUCUCAGUCCUUAUCUUCAGCACCCCAGUGAUUACGUCUCUGUUCACAUCCAGUUUUGAGGGUCAACAGCAGCAAAACACCGAAAAGGUACAAUUUCACGUACUUGCCCGAGUAAUAAUAACCGAUGCAGCCUCGGCAGCACACAGUCAAUUAGCCGUAGUGAGAAAGUGGUCCCAUUUCCCGGGACAAUAUUAUGUAUAUUCUGUAAUCAGUCUUGUUUUAUAUUGUACAUACAGAUAGAUAUACGCACAUGAUGUCAUUUAAUUUGAUAAAUAAGGGUAUGGGGAGGAGAGAUUUCCUCUCUCUAAUGAGUCAAAUGAGAAACCAUGUAACAGAUGUUGUGUUCUAAGUGAAUUCACGUAAAGCAUAUAGUAUUAUACCAAAUAGGUGGUUCAAAUGUAGACAAAUGCUCCAUCCAAAGUGAGAAACUGUAUCUUACAACAACAACAAUGAGAUUCAUGGAUUUUAUUGUGAUUGAAAAUAAUUUGACGGGGUGACAUCAGCGUCCUUGAAAAGUCUUGAAAAGCCUCUUCCAGGUUACCACAGAAUUUGAGCUCAUUAUUGACAGUUUAGUCAGCUCAUGAUUAAUAUUUGUAGUGUACUCUGACCUUCAGUACCCAGCUAAAAUGUUCACUUGGGCAUAAGAUAAAUUCCUCUAACAAUGUAAACUCCACAACAUGUUUCCAAGUAAAACAACCAGUCAGACACUCUUACAGGCCCCGUUACACAUCUGUUAAUUAACAGAUGAAUUGCUUUUCUCUCUGCGCCAAUAGAUGGGUUUCACUCUUGUUUUCAUUUUGAGAUCAGAGAUUUCAAUGUGGAUUUUUCAUGUGACUUAACUUUGAGGGAAAUAAUGGGUAAAAGAAUGCCUUUUAUAUUGAACUAGAAAUAGCAGUUCAUUUUUGACCAGGGAAGCUACCGUAUGUGUGUGUGGGUCUGUGUGUGUGUGCGUGCGUGCGUGCAUGCAUGCAUGUUGACGAUGAUGAAUGUAUGUGUGUGUGUGGGUGUGUGCAUGUGUAAAUUCAGUAUAAGCCCUUGGGCCACACCCACACAUUCUCAUGUUAGCCAUUGGAGUGGGUGAGAAGGAUCCAGUCGGGCAAAGUAGCCUCCAUCAGAAUUGAUAUGACAUCCUGAGACGAGUCACGUUCAUAAUUCAUCACCGACCGUCGUCAGCUCUGGAGGCCACUUGUGUGCUCUGUCCCCGCUCUCGCUGUCUCUGAGCGGAGAGCGCACUUGGCCCCCAGUGUAGUGAUGGCAUCCCAAUGCAGAUACGCACACACACAGUCAGGCAAAAGUUGUAUAUGUUAGGGCUGUCAGUAGAUUAAAAAAAAAAAUGAACUAAUUAAUCUCACAUUUUGAAAUUCGUUAAAAGUUUGCAUUUUUUCUGACCAAAUGACUAAAUGAAUGAGUAAUCAGACAGUGUAGCAUUUCAGACACCGUUGUUUAAUUGUGUCUUUCUUUUUUAAACAUUUUUUAAACAUUCUAAACUCAGGCCUAUCAAGUGUCAUCUUAAAAUAAAGGCUCAUCAUGGAUAAUGAACAUGUGUUAACAUGUCCUGAGAAACUAUAGCGCGUUAAUCUCGGCUGUAUUAAUCGCAACCAUUAACGCGUUAACUUUGACAGCCCUAAUACAUAUAUAUACUAACACGUGCCACAGUCAGGUGUGCAUGAACAGUGUGUGCCUCAUGUACUUAAGCAAUGGCACAUGGACACACACACACACACACAUGCACUUUACACAAAUAAAGCCCCAAAUAGCAAUCCUUGCUUUUUCUGCUCCAUCAGAAUCAAUUUGAUGGAUUGAAUGUCGGCUGGUAUUAGGACUGACUGAUGGAAGCAGAAUCCUAAACACAGCACAGAGAGGAGGGACACACUGCACUGCAUUCCCCAGGAGACAUCUGUACACACACACACACACACACACACACAGAGAGCGCAACAAAAGCAGCUACUGUAACAACACACAGAUGUGCAUACACGCAUGCACUCAGACGGGCACUGCUAUGCAUCUUAACAACCUGAGUAGCAUAUGAUUCAAGACUCUUUCCUUUUUCUUUCCUUUUUUUUUUACUGAGAAUCUGCAAGAGAAGUAGCAGGAAUCAGAGGAGGUAUAACAGGAUUGAUAUUGAGCCAGGCCUGUGGGCUGCUGCCAUUGAAAUUCCCUCCGCCACAAAUGGAAGUAGCAGCGAAGGUGGAGGAUGGGAUGCAAGUCUUCCAGCUGCUAAAUUCCUCCAAGCUUUAUGAUUUGCUUUCCAGCAACUGCAAGUCUCAGGUGGCAGAUUCCCCCACUUUAUGAGCCCGCAUGUUGCAUCCCUCCACUCUGUGUGUGUGCGUGUGUGUGUGUGUGUGUGUGUGUGUGCAUUUUGUGGCCUGCUCUUUCCAAAAAAAAAAAAAAUGUAAAAUGCUUUUUGUCAGUUCAGUCGAGGGAGGAAGAGGAGAACGAGAAUCUCACAGCACACCCAAUAUCAUUCUUUAAAAACAGUGUCCAUCAUGUCUUAUUAUCAGCACUCAGACAUGGUUAUCCUGCGCUAUAUGAUAGGAGUAUGAAUCUCAUGUAGCCACGAUGUUUUCUUUAUGUUCUGUUAAGCAGUUUUAUUCCUGACUAAAGCUGUUGAGCAGGGGCAAAGUGACGGCUCAGCCUGGUGUGUAAGGGAAUGUGAUGUAUCAUUACUUUUAUGAGAGGAGAUGGAUGAGACUGACGUCGACCUCGAGAGAGAAAGGAAGCGAAGGCACCUGCAUGUCGUAGGAGAUCGAGCAGAGGAAUGGGAAUGCUUUGCUUUGAUGUAACAUAACUGUAUUAGGCAAAAAGAGAAAAAAACAAAAAAUGAAAAUCUACAAUUGUAAAUAUACUCACAGAAGACGCGUAUGAAGCUUUAUUUUUUGUCUUCUUUUGAUUUCUUCUUCUUCCAUGUACCUUGCACUUUUCUGUGUGCUCCGUGCCGACCACCAGCCUGCGACGGCUCCGCGUGGUCGGCCCGUUUUCUUUUGACUGCACUGGUUCGGUGUCACGGGGAGACGCGCUCAGUGCGGUGUCACUAAAAGGAAACACCUUGGUUUGCUGUACUCUCAUCGUUUCUUUUUCUGCUGUGGCUUCUCUUUGAUUUUGUAAAACAGUCCGGAUAUUUCUUCUUCUUUUUUUCUUCUUCUUCUUCUUCUUGUUUGUUUGUUUGUUUGAUGAAAACAAUCCAUGUAAAUAUCACAAGUAAAAAAAUGUAUAUUUUUACGACUUCUGAGUUAUUACUCUUUCAUUUGCAAAUAAAAUACUCAAUGACAACUUAA